UCCUCUGAGUAAACAGAGUCCGCUCUUCGUUACAAUGCGGAUUCUUAGUAACUUGUGGAUGUACCUAUGGAUGUACCGAAGGCUGAUAUUGAUUGUUUUAACCCCGCUGUGUUUGCUGCCUGUUCCUCUAGUCAUUCAAACAAAAGAAGCAGAAUGUGCAUUUGUUUUGUUUGUGGUUGCUGUUUUUUGGCUCUCCGAAGCUUUGCCCCUGUCUGUGACGGCUUUUAUGCCCGCAUUGAUGUUCCCUUUGUUCGGAAUUCUUUCAUCUAAAACAAUUGCAUCCACUUAUUUUAAGGAUUUUCAUCUGCUGCUAACAGGUGUCAUUUGUUUGGCAACCUCAAUAGAAAAAUGGAACUUGCACAAACGGAUUGCUUUACGGAUGGUUAUGUUGGUAGGGGUAAAUCCUGCAUGGCUUAUGCUUGGAUUCAUGUUCAGCGCAGCCUUCUUGUCCAUGUGGCUUAGCAACACCUCAACCGCUGCCAUGGUGAUGCCAAUCGUGGAGGCUGUAGCACAGCAAAUUAUUAAUGCAGACGCAGAAGUGGAAGCCAUGCAAAUCAGUUCAUCAGGUGGCAUUAACAAUGAAGCAUUAGAACUUGAUGAAUGCAGCACUGAAAUUGAUCUAAAUUGUGAGAAAACUGAGAAGCAUAUUAAUGGGUUCACUAACGGGUCUGUGACCAAGGGCAGCUGUGAGAAAGAGAUGUAUCUGGAAGAAGAAUUUUCAAACGGAGCUUGCGAUUUGCACAAAAAAGAGCUAGAAGAAGAUAUUCAAGAGGACAAACUAGGAUCAUCAGAAAAGCGAUACAGAAGUAAAAAAGACCACAUGAUGUGCAAAGCCAUGUGUUUAUGUAUUGCUUACUCAUCUACGAUUGGAGGUCUGACCACCAUCACAGGGACUUCGACCAAUCUAAUUUUUGCUGAGCAAUUUCAAACGCGUUAUCCAGAAUGCACAGAAAUCAAUUUUGGAACUUGGUUCGUGCUGUGUAUUCCAAUCACCGUCAUUCUGUUAAUCUUAUCGUGGUUCUGGCUACAAUGGCUUUUCCUUGGAUUCAGCUUUCAGGAAAUGUUCAAGUGCGGCAAACAAAAAACCCAACGAGAAAUAGCUUCGGCAAAGGUGAUCAAGGAUGAAUACGAUAGACUAGGUCCUAUAAGCUAUCAAGAAAUUGUGACACUCAUUAUAUUUGUUUUAAUGGCCCUGUUGUGGUUUACAAGAGACCCUGGGUUCUUCCCUGGAUGGGCUGCCCUCUUUCCUCAAUAUAAAGGCUAUGCAACCGAUUCUACAGCCGCCUUGCUUAUGGGUCUAAUUUUCUUCAUUAUCCCGGCGUAUCCUUCAAAGAAGGCAACUGCUGGAAAAACAAAUUCUUUUGACUAUGAACCGCUGAUUACCUGGAAGGAAUUUCAAGCCUGCAUGCCAUGGGAUAUAGCUAUUCUGGUAGGAGGUGGAUUUGCACUUGCACAAGGCUGUGAGGAUUCAGGGCUAUCUCUAUGGAUUGGAAGCAAGAUGACCCCCUUGGGAUCCCUCCCUAUAUGGAUUGUGGUUCUGAUUGCAUGCAUAAUUGUGACAUCCGUAACGGAGGUUGCCAGCAAUCCUGCUACCAUCACAAUAUUCCUACCAAUAUUAGCUCCUCUGGCUGAAGCAAUAUCAGUGAACCCUCUUUACAUCCUCAUUCCAACAACACUGUGCACCUCGUUUGCGUUCCUCCUUCCUGUAGCAAACCCACCAAAUGCGAUUGUGUAUUCCUAUGGUCAUCUACAAGUUAUGGACAUGGUAAAAGCUGGUUUGGGCAUUAACAUUUUAGGAGUUCUCGUUGUGAUGCUUGCUAUAUCAACAUGGGCAAUCCCGAUGUUCAAUCUUCAAACCUAUCCUUCUUGGGCACCUAUUAUCACUCCAACAAACAGUACAUUUACAACUGUACAACCUUCCAACAUUACAGAAACUGUCAUCGCACUCCUGUCUCAAAAAUAAUUGUAGAAAUAUGCAUAUUUUCACUAGCAAUAUCUAAUGUAAAAAAAAAAAAAAAUGACCUGUGCAUGACAAACACUGAAAGUAUUGAUGCUUUCACUAACUCCCCUUAACAUCAAUAGGCCCUUGACUUAGUACCUCGCAGAAUCAUCGGCAGAGAUCCGUGCAUGAAGAUACAGCUGUCGUUACCACUAAUAGAGGGGAAUAAAUUGCAUCAAAACAA